AUGGAUUUAUAUGAUAAAAAUAUUGGAAAAAGAAAAAGAAACUCCAAGCUUAUAAUAUCACCAGGAAAUGAAGAACAAGAAGACGUAAAUUUGACUGAAAAAAAUAAAAAAAAUAAAUUAAUACUUAGCGAUGUUGAUAACAAAAAUGUACCAUGUGAACAGAAGGACGCGCAAGUAAAAAAAGUGUGUAACGCGAAAAAUAGAUCUGAUCUAAGGGGGCAAAGGGAUGAUGGGGAAAAUGAUCAAGUGGAAGAAAUAAUUACCUUUGAUGUUGAUGAUGAUAAUUAUAAAUUAGAGGCUGAAAGGAAGCAACAAAUGCGAAAAAAUGAACAAGGUGCAAAUUCUCCCAUUACAACCACGGAAAUAAAAUUAGAACACGCGCAGGACUUAAUAAAAAAAUGUGACCAGUGGUGUAAUAUCAACGGCAGGCCCGGAAAAAACAGAAUGAUAAAAUUACAAAGUGGAAAAUUAACCAAAUUGGAAAAUAUGGGUAACUGUGAGAUGAAAGAGAAAAAAGAACAAGAAAAAACCGCCGCAGACCAUCAUUGCAACAAUAGCAUUUAUAAAAAUAUAGAACAAAUACCCGUUAUACAUACAACAAUGGAAGAAUUAUCAAAUCCAAUUUUAUUUUUUGAAAAAUAUAAUUCUAUUGGACUAAAAUAUGGAGCAAUGAAAGUAAAACCACCCAAUUUUUUCGAACCACAAUUUAACUCUUACUAUCUGAGUAUGAAAUUUAAUAUACGGAAGCAAAAAAUCAACGAACUGAAGCAUGGGAAGGAAUUUGAUCACCCUGAGGAGUACUGGUCCUUGUAUGAGAUGUACAAAUAUAACCAAAUGCUGGAGAAGAUGUACCUACCAAAGGAAAAAAAGACUUUGGAAAAUAUCGAAAAGAAAUAUUGGGAAAUUAUUAAUAAAGGAGAAGAGCAAGUCGUUUCUAUAUAUGGCGCUGAUUUGCCGGUAUCCAGAAAUCAUCCUACCUGCCUAUUUCAGAACAACCUAAAACGGCAUGAGGACUCCGGGUUGAAUGACAAUAAUGGUAGCGACAUCAGCACUGCGAACGGUAGCAGAUGUAGUAAUAUCAAGAGUGGGACCAUUGAAUCAUCCUGCGAGUCGCGUAGCGAUCAUCUGAAAAGGGGAAAAGAAGGGGACAAUGGUAUAUUACGUGAGGGUCAGUGCACGGAGGAAAUGUGUGAAGACCCUGCAAACGCGAAUGUGUCAUCGCGUGUGCAUAAACUCAAUGCUCACAUGAGUCUUCCGUUGGGGAGCAGCGGUUGUUUGAAUGGUCACUGCUCUAAAAGCUAUCGUAACAAUGACCAGUGUACCAUUAACAGUGCAAAUGCCGACUUCAGCAAUGGCAGUGCAAACGCCAACCGCACCAGUAACAAAGCAAAUAAGGCAGGGAUAGUGAGCCAACACGAACGGGGUACAUUAGGUGUGAUAAACAUUUCUGAUCCUGAAAAUGUCAGGAUGGGUGAAAACGGUAUUGACAAUACAGGGGAUGCAAUGAACAAGAGUCAUGAUGAUACUUAUUUGGGUGGAAAUCGAAAAAAGGAUCACACUGAUCAUUCAAGGGGCAGUAUCAAUGGGAUCGGCACUGAUAGAAGAGGUCCCAAUUGUGCAGGGGGUAUAAAUGAAAUCACUAGCACUGAAGAAGCAAUGCACCAAAGUGCGAGUGAUAAAAAUGAUAGGAGUAAAUGCACCUCGAGUGCAGAAGUGAAAAUUUGUCAUACAGGAAGUGAAACAGAUUUACGAGACCUAAACCCCGAUAAUGUUUUUAUUAAACAGAGAGAAAAGUACUACUCCGAAAUAAAUAAUGUAAUUAAAAACAUAAAUGAAAAUUUGAAUAUAAAAUCAUUGCCCUUUAUAAAAGGAUCGAUGCUACGAAAUGUAGAUAUAUCCAUCGAGGGGGUUAACAUUCCAUGGUUAUAUAUCGGAACGCUCUUCUCCUCCUUCUGCUGGCACACAGAAGAUAAUUAUUUCGCAUCUAUAAAUUAUCAGCAUUGGGGAAAACCCAAAAUAUGGUACGUAAUACCACCUCUAUACAGUGACAAAGUCGAAGAUGUUAUUUAUGAAUACUUAAAAGAGAACAAUAAUCAAGAUGAUGUGCUCACGGAAAGAGCAAAUAGAAAAAUGAAAAAGAAGGAGCGCAGAAAUUUAUUUCAUAAUUCCGAUUUAAAAAAAAAAAUAAAAGAGGAGAGCUCUAUUAUGCACAUUAUCGGAAGUGAGCAAAGGCUAAAAAAUUUGUGCAUUUCAAAAAAUGGCCCAAGUUUAAACUCUACGAAUUGUGUUACGGCUAGAAGUACGAGCUGCUCCAAUGCUGUAAUGGCUAGCACUAGCGCGACUGCUACUAAUAUGCCUAGUAAUAGCCACACGAAUAGUUGCAGCACUAGCAGUACUACGCACACGAGCGCUAGCCGUAAUACACUGGAAGAUAAUUUACUCCUUAUAGAUGUGGAUAUAAAUAAUGCACAUUUGAUAUAUAGAAAAUCAUAUUUGAAUUACAAAAGUGUGGAUAGAAAACAAAUUAAUUUUAACAAAGAAAAUAAUAAAAAUAAAAUUUACAAAUUAACCAUACAAGUUCCAAUUGAGGUUUUUCUAAAACAUAAGAUUCCAGUUUAUAAAAAUAUUCAAAGAAAAAAUGAAUUUAUUUUCCUAUGGCCAAAAACAUUUCAUGGAGGUUUUAAUUCAGGCUAUAACUGUAAUGAAGCUUGCAAUAUAGCCCCUACAUUUUGGCUAUUUUACGGCCUACAGUCAUAUUAUAAUUACAAGUAUUUUAGAAACACCUGUAUAUCAAUUCAUUUCAUGUUAUUUUCAAAUUUAUUACAUUAUAAAGAAUAUACCUUUAGCCAACUUAAGCACAUCAUAUACUCCCUGCGUUAUAUACUAACUGAUGAGUACAAAUUUUUUAGGGAAAGUAAAACGUUAUUCACAGAGUUCACGCUAAAUCGCGAUGCCCUUUUAAAUAAUAAGCUUAUGAAUUAUUCAGGCCAUUUAUCGCUGGAUUUGAAUAAAAUGUACUCAAAUUUCGAAUGCCAAAAAAAUAAACACUUUUUUUUCCAAAAUAUUAAGAGUAAACUGGAAUUUUUUUACAAGGAUUGCGAUGCCUGUAAUUCCCCCACCUUCAACAGUUCAAUUAUAUGCCCCCACUCCAAUGACAUUCUAUGUAUCCAUUGCUCCGAAGAACAUAGUUGCAAGUGCAAAUUCAAGGUUGCACUAAAAAGAUAUACGCUCCUAGAAAUGAUGAAGAUUUUGACGCUCCUAGUUCAUUAUGCCAAUAAAAUUAAAGCGAAUGAUGAGAAAGAAGUGCAAUUUGACGACAUACCUGAUUACAAUUCAUUGAGAAUUUUUGAAGACAAAAACUCAAUUAAUCUAUAUAACCUAAUUCGAGAAUCCAAAAGAGCACAUCUGGAAAAGAGAUCCAAAACGACAAAUUACAGAGACCUAGAAAAUUACUGCUUCGAAAAAUUAAAUAACAUCUACAAAGAGAAGAACAAGAAGGAAAAAGCAAUAGAUGAAAACAAUAUUGUGUUGGAUGAUUACUACACAAGUUCAAAUCAUUUUAAGACCAAAUUGACCUUGAAAUAUUUUCUUCUAACAUACGAAGAAGAGAUGGAAGAUAAUCCUUUGAAAAUUUUACCAAAACUUAUAAUUUAA